AUGCACAAUCACAGCACAGUGAGCACAUUCAUUCUGUGGGGAUUUUCCAGUUUCCCAGACCUGCAGAGGCUACUUUUUGUGGUGAUUUUCUUCUCCCAUGUGACCAUCCUGGCUGCAAAUGUGUCCAUCAUGUUGGCCAUCAAGCUCAGUCACAGCCUUCACACCCCCAUGUACUUUUUCCUCUUUGGCCUCUCUCUCUCAGAAACUUGCACCACUAUGGUGAUCAUCCCCCGCGUGUUAGUAGAUCUGCUAUCAGAGAGCAAGACCAUAUCUCUUCCUGAGUGUGCCACACAGAUGUUUUUCUUCUUUACCUUGGCGGGCAAUAACUGCUUCAUCUUGGCUGCUAUGUCCUAUGACCGUUACACAGCCAUCCACAGUCCACUGUAUUAUCCCAUCCUGAUGACUCAUAAGGUGUGUUUUCUACUCAUGAUGGCCUCUUGUAUUGUUGGGAUCCUAAUUUCUGUGAGCUUCACCACCAUUGUAUUCAGCUUGUCCUACUGUGAUUCCAACAUUGUCCAGCAUUUCUUCUGUGACAUUGCACCUGUGGUUCACCUUGCUUGUGAUUACACUUCCUAUCAUGAAAUAGCUAUAUUUGUGCUCUCUGCCUUUGUAUUGUUAGGCAGUUUUGUUUUAAUUAUGGUUUCCUAUGUCUUCAUAAUUACUGUAAUUAUGAAGAUGCCCUCUACAGAAGGAAGGUAUAAGGCCUUCUCGACCUAUUCCUCCCACUUCACUGUGGUGUCCAUACACUAUGGAUUUGCUUGCUUUGGCUAUCUGAAGCACAAAGGCAGUGACACAUUCCGUGAAGACAUGCUGAUGGCUGUGACAUACACGAUGCUAACACCACUGCUUAAUCCUGUUGUUUAUACCCUUAGAAACAAAGAAAUGCGAACAGCCCUAAGGAAAGUUCUAGCCAAUGGCAAUAGAUUUUUCCUUCAGGUGGCAAAUAAAAGAGAUCAGAAUAUUUAA